AUGGCGGCUCGGCCGAGGCGGCAUCGUUCGCGAUAUGCAAAGCUUCCACGGGGUGAUUUUUGUGAUGGCGCUAAGAAGACAACUGACAAGCACUCUUGUACGACUUCUAUGGAGUGGGACACGCAGGUAGGGAACGGGUCUUCGCCGCUCGGCCCCGCAGGCCUGGGGACGGAGGAGCUGCCCUCCAGCCUGCGGUUGCCGUCCUGGCUGCAGCCCGAGAGGUGCGCCGCGUUCCAAUGCGCACAGUGCUACGCCGUGCUCGCUGACUCUGUGCACCUCGCCUGGGACCUGCCGCGGUCCCUCGGAGCCGUGGUCUUCUCCAGAGUCACCAAUAACGUGGUUUUGGAAGCUCCCUUCCUAGUUGGCAUUGAUGGUUCGCUCAAAGGCAGCACUUACAACCUUUUAUUCUGUACUUCCUGUGGGAUUCCCAUUGGUUUCCAUUUGUCACUUUUGCCUGUCCAGUGA